GGAGGGGCGCGACUGUCAGUGGAAGGAGAGGGGAGGGCAGAGAGGAGAGAGGAGAGAGGAGAGAGGAGGGGGUGGGCAAACAAGACAAGGAAAUGAGCUGAGAACCAGGGUUUCUCAGUCCGACACAAUGGUUAAGAUUACUGGGUUCAGCACCCGGGAUGUGAGGUUUCCGACCUCCCUCGAUAAGACCGGCUCCGAUGCCAUGAAUGCUGCGGGCGAUUACUCUGCUGCGUACUGUAUCAUCGAAACGGACUCCUCCUACGCUGGACACGGCAUGACCUUCACUAUCGGCCGUGGAAACGAAAUUGUCUGCUCUGCAAUUGGCCUCCUUGCUCCUCUCGUGGUGGGCAAGGAUCUGGACGAGUUGACCGCCGACUGGGGCAAGACAUGGCGGUACCUUGUGUCGGACAGCCAGCUCCGCUGGAUCGGCCCGGAGAAGGGCGUCAUCCAUCUGGCUCUCGGCGCAGUGGUCAACGCCCUCUGGGAUCUGUGGGCCAAGACGCUCAACAAGCCUGUUUGGCGCAUCGUUGCCGAUAUGACGCCCGAGGAGUUUGUUCGCUGCAUUGACUUCCGGUACAUCACCGACGCCAUCACCCCGGAGGAGGCCAUUGCUCUCCUCAAGGAGGUGGAGCCCACCAAGCAGGACCGUAUCCGCGAGGCGGAACAGAGCCAGGCCGUGCCUGCCUACACCACCAGCGCUGGCUGGCUCGGGUACAGUGAGGAGAAGCUCAAGUCGCUGCUGGCCGAGAGUGUCCAGCUAGGCUACAAGCACUUCAAGUUGAAGGUCGGAGGCAGUGUUGAGGAUGACCGGAGACGUCUGAGCAUCGCCCGUGAAGCCAUCGGAUACGACAAGGGUAAUAUUCUCAUGGUUGAUGCUAACCAGGUUUGGUCCGUCCCCGAAGCUAUCACCUGGAUGCAGCAGCUCGCCGAGUUCAAGCCGUGGUUCAUUGAGGAACCUACCUCCCCCGACGAUAUCCUCGGCCACGCGGCGAUCCGGAAGGCCCUGCAGAACACCCCGCACGGCCCCAUCGGCGUGGCCACGGGCGAGAUGUGCCAGAACCGUGUGAUCUUCAAGCAGCUCCUGCAGGCGGGAGCGCUGACCGUCCUCCAGCCAGACGCAUGCCGUGUCGGCGGUGUCAACGAGGUCCUCGCCAUCCUGCUCCUGGCCCGCAAGUUCGGAGUCCCCAUCGUCCCCCACUCCGGCGGUGUCGGUCUGCCCGAGUACACCCAACACCUGAGCACCAUCGACUAUGUCGUUGUCAGCGGCAAGAAGAGCGUGCUGGAAUACGUUGACCACCUGCACGAGCACUUUGUUCAUCCCUCGAGCGUCAAGGACGGAUACUACGUCACCCCGAUGGAACCGGGAUACAGCGUCGAGAUGAAGCCCGAGAGCAUGGACGCCUUUGCCUUCCCUGGCGAGGAGGGUAAGAGCUGGUGGCGCUCGGAAGAGGCCAAGCAGAUCCUUGAGGGUCCUCGGAUAUGAUUUUGAGCAGUCUCUGUCUUUUUUUUGUGUGUUUUCCUAUCGUAUCUAAUGCCC